AUGACAUACGCACGUUUCUCCAUAGCUGUUGUUGGCCUAUGGGCCGUAUGUAGCACCGGUAUUUUGGGCCAGCCGGCAUCACGUAUUUGGGGAGGUGAGGAUGCUCUAAACUUUGAAUUUCCAUUUGCGGCCUCUGUGCGUUUGGAUCAGGCUCAUAUAUGUGGCGGAACGAUUAUUGGAACAAAACACAUUUUGACAGCUGCCCAUUGUGUUGUGGAAAAAGAAAAAGUAAUCUCCCCUAAACGUUUGUCGGUGCGUGUUGGCAGCACCAAUCAAUUUGCCGCUGGCAAAUUGGUCGAUGUUGAAUCUGUUAUUGUCAAUCCCAAUUAUUCUGGUGUUAAAAAUAAUUUGGCUGUUUUAAUUUUGGAAACCAAAUUGGAAUGGACUAGUCGCAUUCGCGGUAUUUCCCUCCCCACGGUAGAUGAUGAAUUCCCAGCUGCCGGCACCAAAGUCGUGGUUGCUGGUUGGGGUAAACAAUUGAAUUCGGAUUCAGCUUUUAAAUUGAAUUCUUACCGAUUCACUGUUGCCACGGAAGAAGUGUGCAAAGAUGCAUAUAGCGAGCUAGACAGUUCCGAAUUUUGUAUGGCUCAUGGCUUGCAGGAGGGUAGCUGUAAUGGUGAUGCUGGUAAUGGAGCUGUUGUCUUUAAUAGGCUGUUUGGUGUUACUAAUUUCGUUGUUGGUGCCUGUGGUUCCCGUUAUCCGGAUGUAUUUACCAAUGUUACCCAUUAUGUUCCAUGGCUAGAGUCGAUUGUUGGCGAUGAUUUUUGA